AUGAGGCUUUUUCACUACGCACAUUUUCUUUCGGGAUUCGACUACGAAGUCGAAUACAGAGCUGCCGCUAAACAUGGCAACGCGGACUACCUAUCUAGAUUCCCUGUGGAAACAGUGCACGAAACCUACGAAGACCAGCAUUGCAUCUAUCAACGCGCUCAAAUCAACGUUUUAGACAUCAAUCCAAUGACUAUUGUCCGGGAAACGCGGAAUGAUGAGGAACUAAAUACCUUGCGAGAGGCCCUACAAAAUGGCAGAUCCUUACGCGCAAUAGGUUUCAAUGACAAUGAAUUCACGCUUCAGGAUGACUGUAUCCUCAAGGGAACUCGAGUCGUUAUACCACAAAACCUACGAGAGCAAGUACUAGACGAACUCCAUGCCGGGCACAGUGGUAUAGUCAAAAUGAAGGCUCUAGCUCGCAGCCACGUUUAUUGGAGAAAUAUCGAUAGAGACAUCGAACAGAAAGUAAACUCAUGUAGGGCGUGCCGUUUACAACAAAACGAACCCCCUAAGGCCCCGCUACAUCAUUGGGAGCAACCGACGAGGCCGUGGCAAAGGCUGCACAUCGAUUUUGCCGAACCGAUUCAAGGCCAACAGCUCUUAAUAAUCGUGGACGCAUUUACAAAAUGGGUUGAAAUACUACCAACAAAAAAUACCACAAGUUCCUGGUGUAUUAAGAAACUAAGGGAAUUAUUUUCCAUCUUUGUAAUCCCAUAUACACUUGUGUCAGAUAACGGACGUCAAUUUGUAUCAGCAGAAUUUACGGAUUUCAUGGAUAAAUGCGGAAUAGUACAUAAAACGUCAGCUCCUUACCAUCCGGCCACAAACGGGCAAGCCGAACGCUACGUACAGACCAUUAAAAAGGCAAUACGUGCAAUGAAGGGGGAGGAAGGCGACUUACUAAGUAAGCUAGUGACGGUCAAGACGCGUCUGAGACGCACCCCCAACAGCGAGGGACAAAGUCCGUACCAGCUAAUGUUUGGCCGUGACAUUCGGACUUCCCUUCACGCUAUGUUUCGCAAAACAUCGCAGACUACAUCGAGAGCCAGCAUCGACAUGCCCACAGUUAAGAUGUUCACACCAGGCGACCGGGUCCAAGUCAGGGCCUAUGGCUCCCAGAGAUGGGCCUUUGGAACGAUCUUACGACGUCUGGGCCAACUGCAUUAUGAGGUCCAAACAGAUUCAGGAACAGUCUGGCGCCGGCAUGUAGAGCAGCUUUUGCCUGCUCCAGGAAUUCGAGAAUAG